CGCUCGUCCUCUUCUCUUCUCUACCUUCACCGAGUAUAUUAUACCGUAUUGUCCCUCAUUUGAACAAUAGCAAUUUCGCGCGUUCACUCUUUCACGCCGGUAUUGCUGUUCGCUCCCAGUCACUCAUUCACCAACCAGACAUACUCAUAACCGCCGUUGAACGACGUUACGAUCUCUCUGCCGCACAUAAAUAUCCAACUGCAUCAGCAAGCGACCAGCAAAUCCACACAUCGAAAUGCGUUACUCCUCUGCACUGGUGCUGAGCACCCUCGCCGUCGGCCAAGCCGCCGCUGCCAACCACAACCGUCACGCCAGUUUCCAUGCCAGGCGUCAGGCUGAUGCCAAGCGCUCUGCUGCCAACGAUGUCAACUGGAAGGCCGUUGCCUACGACCUGAACGACGUCGACUGGGACAAGGUCAACUGGAGUUCCGUCUUCAACUCUCCCACUCCUACCCCUGCCGCUCAGCCCAUCUCCACUGUUGCUCCCUCCUCCGUCGUUGAGCAGAAGACCUCCGAGAACGCUGCGCCCACCAGUUCUGCUGCUGUCGUUAAGGUCCAGGAGGCUAAGACUUCUUCCGCUGCUCCUUCCGCCGUCGCUACCAGCUCAAAGGCUGCUGCCACCACCUCUUCCUCUUCCAGCGACCUUGGUGACAUUGUCUCGGAACUUCUCAAUGGUGUUGAGGACAUCGUCAAGGCUCUCGGCAUCGUUUCCACCGGCAAGAACGACCAGAGCAACAACGGCGGCAUCUGGGUCGGUGACGACGGUGACUGGAAGGCCGAGUUCACCAACGACGCCAACGAGGAUGCUGUUAUCUUCUGUUGGAAGGCUGAUGGCUACUCUGGCAUGUCACUGAACGUCAACCAGCCUGAGAUCUCCGUUGGUCUUAAGUCCGGAGAGAAGACCAUCGUCUCUUUUGCCGCCAACGUCCCUUCUGCCUGCGCUCCUGCCUACAAGGACACCAAGCUUGCUAACUUUGGUGGUCUCGAUCAGACAUGGUGGGAGGUCACCUUCGGCCAGUCCGGUGCUUUCGAUGUCUCCCGUAACGUCAACAUGAAUGGCCGCACCAUCAGCUCCAAGGGCUCCAAGUGUACAUCUGACAUGGAUGUCUGCGUCUUCAAGUGUAAGGAGAAGAACGGUGUCACCCCCGAUUCUUGCGAGAGCGGUUCUGACUACGACCUCUUUGGCUGCGGCACCGGCACCGGCGGUGGCGGUGGCUACGACUCCGCCAUGGCCGGUACCGGUGGUGGUUGCGCCAUGGGCUCCUCUAGCGAGACCGUCAAGGUUUCCUUCUCUUAAGCGUUGCGUUGUCCUCAGGUCGGCGUUGUGUCUUUUGGGUUUCUUCAUACACAUCUUUUCGUCAUAUUUCCUGUCCAUCUAUAUCAGCUCUGAAUACUCCUGGCCCAUCUUGGCAAUCUUCUGAUAUUGUCGCUUCUCGCAGGAUACCCUUACAACCUAUGGUCAUCCGAUGUCGUACAAUAUGGACGAGGUCUUCGCAUCCGGACUCCUAAUGGCCACUGUGUUUUAUAUAACUGUCUAUUGUUAG